AUGGGUACAAAAUACAAUGGUGGAUGGACAAAAACGGUUACCGUGUGGUAUUUUGUUAAACCCUGGUCUGAUAAGUUACCGUCGGUUAAACAUACGGUAUACCGACGUCCCACCGUCUCACCGCUCACACAUAUUGAACAAGCGGCUUCGAACGGCCUCGCCACAAAAACAUUACACUUCGAAAAGGGUGUAACUUACGUUGGUCAAGUGAAUGAAAAAAAUCAAAAACACGGCUAUGGCAAACUUGUCUCGCCGGGUAAAAUGGAAUAUAGUGGACAAUUCUGUAACGACGAAAUACAUGGUUUUGGUAAAAUGAAACAUGCAAAUGGUACAAAGUAUGAAGGUGAAUAUAAACAUAAUCUGAUGGAUGGACGUGGUAUUUUGACAUAUUCUAAUCACCAAGAAUACAGAGGUGAAUUUAAGCAAGGGUUGAGACAUGGAAAGGGAGUCUAUUGGAAUUCAGAUGGAACAGCCAGACAUGGCGGAACGUAUAAAAAUGAUGAGUAUAUGUGUUGCUGUGGACUGUGUUAG